AAGAGUUGGUUGUCAAGAGAACACGAUUGAAUCGUUUCUUAUGGCCUAUGAAAAGGUAAGUGACAAUGUCAAGCCCUUUCAUCAAUAACUGCACUUUAGACAUCGCCAGAAAUCGCUGACAUCGCGACCGCAUGAGUAGCUACCAGCGGAAAUCCUGAAAGUAUCAUAGAUUCGUGUCUCGCAGUUUAUUGCUUGCUAUCCUAACCCUGUAUGUCCCUAAUCCUAACCUUCCUUAAAAAGAGAUAUAUGUUAUGAUCAUAGAAUUUAUGUAAACCACACAUCUUCAAUCUCAUCCCCUCGCCUGCCUGCUUGCGAGCUAGCGAGGGUGGUAAUUUCCAAUAGAGCGUUUGCUCAUGACGUCACAGCCGCCAUGUUGGUGUUCCAAUUCAAAAGAAUUUUAAUUAGACUCUUUUGUCUAGAACACCAACAUGGCCGCCAUAGCUUUUGUUGAGUUGGUCCCUGGGGAAUGAGUGCAAAAGCUCUAUAGGAUAGUUAUUAUAUUCAGAUUCAGAUUCACGCAAUGCGAAAAGCCAGUGACUAUACGUAAGUGGCGGACAUCGCAACACUUCUUCAAGCCUUCUUUUAUCGCGCAAAUUCAUGACCACCUAGUGUUAGAAUGGGUCAAAUUAGAACUAAAGAAGAUUUGUAGACAAUUUUCAGGUAAGCCAUGCAGUGACUGAGUUUCGUACCAGGCCUUCUUAUAUAUAUAUAUAUAUAUAUAUAUAUAUAUAUAUAUAUAUAUAUAUAUAUAUAUAUAUAUAUAUAUAUAUAUAUAUAUAUAUAUAUAUAUAUGCCACAGCCUCGUACCCAGGCGCAAAUAACGUACUAAAAAUAGCAACACUACAGUGUUUUUAUAUAGAUCAGUGGCUACGAUAGCGGGGGUGCUUGGGCAGGACACGACGGGAUUCUGCAAUCAAGGGCAAUACUCCAAUAUAAUAGUCUUCAUAGGUCAAACACAAGGUGAAGCAUAAAAUACACAUCAAAGUAUAAAACACUGGGUUGGUUUGUGCUUUAGCCUUUAAACUUACUGUCAGCUAGUUACAACAAUAGCUAAAUGGCCAAAUGAGGUUUUAUAUUAAUUUAUUAAAUGUUUAUAUCUUCACCAUAUUUUGCAUACUAAAAAGAACUCAUGCAUGUUUAAUUUUAAUAUAGGCCUUUUUAUUGGUAAAAUUUUAGAAACUAAGAAACCUACAAUAAAAUAUUUUCUAGUUAAUUUUCUCCUCUGAGGUAAAAGGUAUCAUCAGUACAAAUAAAUAGUAAUUUCAACAUUCCAUAUAAAUUCAAUGUAUUAAAUAUUUAUAUUAAAAUCAAGAUUCAAGAAUAAGCCUGUUUCUUUGACUUUGCUUGGUCAGUUUCUCUUUCAAGCUGCAAAAAGGCAGUAUAUAUAUUUUCAACCAUUUGAAAUAAAUCGUUAUUUUUUUAGAAUGUUCAAUGAACUUGAUUUCUCUCAUGACCAGCAGCCAGCAGACUUUCUAAUUUCGAGAGGCUGGUCUCCUGAGGAGACCUUUAAUAUAAUACCGUUUUCGAGGAAAAAUCCGUAUAAUCAACGCAGUGAUCAUUUGGACAUAAAAUCUUUCCCAAAUGUACCACUCGUUGGGCACGCCUUUCAAUUUCAUUUAGUAUAGUACAGCAAUUUCCUCAUUUGCAUCCUCAUGUCCGCCAUGUUUGUUACAAAUUCUGCCAGGCGCUUCGUUUCCCGCGUCCUGCCCAAGCACCCCCACGCGCUCGCUAUCUUAGCCACUGAUCUAUAUAAAAACACUGUAGUGUUGCUAUUUCUAGUACGUUAUUUGCGCCUGGGUACGAGGCUGUAUAUGCCAGGUUUCGGUAUAUAUACACUAAACAUGAUUAUAUAAAGUUGAUUCUAUGUAAAUACGCAUUUGAUUAUAGACAUUUCAGACAAAUAUUUGGGAUAAUAAUGCGUGGGUAUAUGGUCCCUUACACAUUUCAUUAAAGCGCACAUUAGGGGUAAUGGUGCUGUCGGUGUAUAUAUAACCAUAUUUGUAUAUUUACCAUGAUCAUAAGUAUACCGGUUUUUGGUAUAUAUAUACAUGUAAAUUAAGUAAACAUGCACUGUCAUGCAGGAUAUAUAUAUAUAUAAACGCGUUUGAUAUGACGCGCUUGUUUGGGGAUAAUGAAUGGUGCAUGUUGUGGGUGUAUUAACCAUAUUUUAUAAAUUACAUAUCACUCUCUUCAUCCUAUGUUUUGGGCCAAGCCUUUAUCAAGAAAGAAAUCGAAGACAAUACCGCACAUUUAACCCUUAGCCAUGGUAGAACUUAUGCGCCCAAAAUGCCUCUCGCUGCGUUAUUAGUUGUUUUGUCAAUGCUCUGCUGCGAUUUUUCUGUAGACAUAAUAAUAAAAUAAUAAAUCAUGAAAAUAUUGAACAACUUAUAAUAAAAAAAAUGAAAUCACCGUAGUGAUCAUAUAUCUAAAAUUCGACAUUGGACAAAUUUAACCAUGCACUCAAAAAUUAUAUAACUUAUGGCUAUUUAAUAUGGGAAUGGGGUAGUACUCAUCUGGCACCUAGGCUUACCACGUUUUUUCAUUCCCCUUUCAUAUCGCUUUCACAGAUGAAUAAAGGCCGCUUUCAUCGGCCAUUAUUUAAAUUCUCAAGAAUUGUAUAUGGAACGAAUAACUUUUAUUUCUUUUCUCUCGAGACAAUCACCUGUCUAACAUUUGUUUCCAAAUGUAGGGUGCUGAUGGUUUGGAACUGGAUGUUCACGUAACAAAAGAUCUCCAACCUAUUAUUUAUCAUGAUUUGUAUCUGAAUGUUGCCUUACAAACAAAGGUAAAUGCAUAUGCGGUAUGAUUAACGCCUAUAUUGUUUUCACUCUCAUCUUCAUUAUUAUACGGCCUGUGUACAGACUAUAUUAUGCUGUAAAACAGUCUGAAAAUUCGUAGCAUUGCUUGUCGACCCCCCCAGCAGCGCUACCAAGAUGUGGGUAGUUGAUUCUCAUUGGUCACGACUAAACUUAAUAGAUUCUGAUUGGCUUGAUAUAAAUAUCAACGACCGUUGGAAUUUGAUUUUCAAAAUCGAAAUAAUAUUUUCUUGACACUUAUUUAUUUAUUUAUUUAUUAACUUUACAACCAAACAUAAAAUAGAUUAAUCCACUACAUAAUAUGGUUGAAGGUAUGGUCAACAGGACAUGAAUAGCCCCAUGUGGUCAGACCAACCUUAAUGAAAACAAACUAUAACAAACAUAAAUCAAAGACGAGAACAAAUAUACAAUUUACAGAAAACAUGACUAAUUACGAACAACAGCUUAAGUUGAAAGAGCGGCACUUAGAACAGAAGGUUUUCCAAGUGCGCAUUCUGUUUACAUCGAAAGAUGAAUGAAGUAGAGAAGAGUAAUGAACAGUUAGUCUGUUUUUAAAGGAGGAAACGGAUGAACUAUUACGAAUGGUGGGAGAGAGGUUAUUCCAGAGAAAGACAAUUCGGUUGAAAAAAGAGUUCCUAAAGAGAGAAGUCCUGCAAUGAUUAACAUGAAGCAAGUUGUCCGAACUUGAACGGGUGUGAGACGAGCUGUUUGAAGUAAAAGUGACGAAAGAGGAGAUAUCUAGGUCGAGAGACCGUGCUUACAUUUAAAAAAGAAGACGAGAUCCUUUAGUUCCAUCCAGUAGGAUAUUGGUAAUAGAUUAAGCUUCUUAAGGCGUUCAGGAUAUGGCAACUCAUAAUCCUGAAGGAUAAAUUUACUAGCUCGUCUUUGAACACCCUCGAUGAUCGCAAGAUCACGUGACGAUCCUUGGGGUGCCCAGAUCUCACUACCAUAUGACAGAUGAGAUCGGACGAGAGCAAGAUAAAGAAGCCUACGGCAGCGAAUAUCAGACAUUUGCGUACAAUUCCUACGAAGAAAACCAAGCAUGCGAUUGGCUCUUGCAGUGCAGCUGGCGAUGUGAGGGAACCACUUUAGGUCAUUGCUGAUCACAACACCCAAGUUUACUUGGUUAGCUAAGCUCUUAACUGGAUCGUUGUUAAGAAAGUAGCAAUGAGUUGGAGGGUUACGUUUGCGGGAUAUCCUAAGUAGGAGCGUCUUCGAGACAUUAAAUUUCAUUUUUCAGUUAAGUGACCAGUUGGACAUAGCGUCCAGGUCAAGCUGAAGGAGACCACGAUCAACUGGUGAUCGUAUAGCACGAUAACACUUGCUGUCAUCAGCAAAAAGUGCAACGGUACUGUUAUUGGUUACCUCUGGAAGGUCAUUUACAUAAAGAAUGAAUAAAAGAGGACCUAUUACACUGCCUUGUGGCACCCCAGAGGUAACAUUAAGAAAAGAUGAGGAAGCUCCUUCAACGACAACACACUGUUUGCGAUCACGAAGGUAAUCAGCAAACCAGUUAAGAAGUGGACCUGAGAUUCCAAACGAUUUAAGUUUGAACAAAAGUUUGCUAUGGGACACCGAGUCAAACGCUUUAGCAAAGUCGAGAUAAAUCAGGUCUGUUUCCUUUCCAGAGUCAAGAGUACGACCAAGGUCGUGAAGUACACUCAAAAGUUGAGUAACACACGACCUUUUACAGCGAAAGCCAUGUUGAAGGUCGUACAAGGAGUUUUCAACAAAAGAAGAAACCUGACUGAAAAUUAAACGUUGGAGAACUUUCGAGACUUGAGAGAGUAAGGAAACUGGUCUGUAGUUAGUGACCUCAUGAGUGUCACCCUUUUUGGGUAUGGGCACGACAUUGGCAGCUUUCCAUUCAGAAGGAAAAACACCCUGCUGAAGGGAUAACUCAAAGAGAGCAGUCAAAGAAGGGGCAAUUACCUCAGAACAUCGCUUUAGAAGGUAAGCUGGAUUACCAUCAGGACCAGUAGCCUUAGAGGGUGACAAGUUGGAAACAAAGACUGAACAUCGGAUACAGAUACAUUUAAUGAGUCAAGAGAGUUAGAAGCUGAACUAGAGGGAGUGAAAAGAGGUGAAGAACUUGUGUCGGAGGUGAAGACUGACGUAAAAAAAUGGUUAAAGCCAUCCGCUUUUUCCUUUGCAGAUAACCGUAGCGUUACCCUUAUCAGCCUUUAAAAUAUGUAUUGACUUAUCUGCUCUUAAGUUUCGAGAGCGUGUGAAUUAAACAAGUCACAUAUUAUUAGCACUGAUGAAGAUCCGGGCUUACGGAUCGAAAGCUUUGCAGUAAUAAAUUUACGUGGUGUUUCCACAAACAAAACUAUUAUAUUAUAGGCCUACUUUGGGGGCCAAGGUCGCCGUUAUUAUGUGCAACAUUGUGCGACAUUAGGCGACAUUGGCAAUUUUCAAAGAAAAGUAGUGUGCGACGCUGGGCGAAACUGGGCGACAUGGGACAAAACUGAACAGCAAUAUCCAGAUAAUGUCAAAUAUUAUAAUUCACAAAUUAUGCAUCUACAUAAAAAAUACAACAGUAAAUAUCAAAAUAUAAUUUAGUUAUCAAAAAUUGGUUCCUGUGGCAAGGAACACAAUUAGUUUAUUACAAAUAGUUUGCAAAAAUAUGAACAAGGAACAUUUCUCUAACUGCUAGCCUGACAAUUUACUCAAAGUUUAUACCGUAGUACACAUACAUGCCCAGUGCAUGGUACAUUUACAGUAUCAUGGAACUCUGACUUCUUAUUAAAUUGACUGGUGUAAACACCUCAGAGUUUUAAAACCUGUUUAUGGACUGUGGUAUGCAAUGAUGGAAGUGGGCAAGGUGCUAAUAAAUUUGUUCGCUUAAAUGUAAGCCAAUAAGCUGGUGUUUUAACCAAUCAUAUUAACUUUAAACGUUAGUUGAGAGGCUUUCAACAGUUGCAAACUUUUUAUUAGUAUAGUUUUCUUGUAGUUACAGUAUAAAUUAUAAAGUUAAUAUGUUCAAGUGUACUGUGUACGUACAUUACUACAUCGUGGUGUUUGGUAUUGGGUUUUAUAUUAGUAAGUAAGUAAAUCAGAUAUAAAUUAAUAAAUAGAAACAAGAAUUGAAUUCACAAAAGUUUAUAUUCGUGUAUUCGUUAAUAUAAAAAAAAUGCUUAAAAAGAAAUGGCGGCUGGGAUUUGAGCCCGCAAUACCACGGCACAUCUAAUUUAAUGGUUUAGCUUCUAACUUGUACUACUUCGUGUAAGGAAACAUAAUAAUUGAUUAUGGCGGGCCUUGGCGACAUUUUAUAAUAACCUGUACCGUAGAUCUUUCUGUGGUGCAUUCAUUGCUCUGUAUCUUUUGCGAUGAUACCUAAUUAUGAGAUGUCGAUCAUCGUAGCUUCGUCGAAAAGUAAGUAAUUUUAUUUUACAAACUACAAAGUCGUAUUUUGAACAUACUAUAGAUGACUUUCUUUAUUUAUAGUCUAUAUAUGUACUAUUUAAAACACGAGACAGCAGUAGGAGUGUUUUAUCAGAUAUAAAAUGCGAGGCGCAUUCGAGCGUUUUAUAUCUGAUAAAACACGACAACGAGUGUUUUGAAUAGCUUAAAAUACGACUACAAAAGAAUACUAAUUAGGGUGAACCAUUAUAAUAAUGCUAAUUAGGAUGAACAAUUAUACAAUGCCACAUGUGUUUUAUCAGAUAUAAAGUCACUCCACGUGACAUAUUAUGGCUGACAUGAUUUGCCACAAGGUUUAUGAAUUAUUAAUGAGUAUUUUAAAUAGUACAUAUAUAACUACAGACGGUACUGUUUCGGCCUUUAGGAUACCUAGUGUACUUCACUAGGCUAGUGAGAGGUAUUCUGUACUUUAGCACUCGCCAGUUAUCAUGAAUGUAUCUUUGAUAAUAAGAUCUAAGUUUGAUUUCAUAUACAACAUUUAAUGGCGUGUGAUUGUCUAAUUUGACUGAGUUUCACAAAGAAACACAUUGGAGAAGAUAGCCAGAAGGCUGCCUUAAUAACAUAAUUUAGGUAAUUCUCAUUGGAAUAAUGCGUUGUAAUUCCAUAUACAUAUAAACCCCAAAUAACCAAGCCUCAUUAGUACUGGUGAGAGAUGGUGCCCUAACAGCACAUGCCCUUGGUGUUUGUGUACAUGUAUUUAUAAAAAAAAAACAUGCAGGAAACUAACAAAUAAAUAAGGAUAGACUAGAAUGGACGACAAACUCAAAGUGCAAAAUUGGGCAUGCUUGUGCGAGAUUAUGCGAGAUUAUGCGAAAUUAGGCGACAUUAAGCGAAUAGACUGUUAGGCAAAGUUCAAAAAUCGGGUGCACAUGGGCGAAAUUAGGUGACAUUAGGUGAAAUUAGGUGACAUUAGGCGACCUUGGCCCCCAAAGUAGGCCUUAUUAUAUAAUUGUUAUGUUUUUUUUUCAGAAUGAUACUAAAUGUUCGCGCAAAAUACCUGUUUAUGACUUGACGUAUGAAGAGCUGCAGGAUGUGCAGGUAACAUUGUCAAUCUUUAUUAGCGUCACUGGAAUUAGCACAACGACAAAAAAUAACGGUGAUAGUUUACUUAGUCCCCUUGAAAUAUCUCUCUCCUACUUCUCUUAUACCUUUAUACUUCUUAGAAAUUUUCUCCAAGAUGUUUACUCUGUCCUCCAUGUCUUCACUCAUGCAAAGUUUAAACCAGCAAACAUUUACGUUGUCACCAAUUCCCAACAUAUUUAAAUGUUAGUUCAGCAGAACUGUCUUUAAUUGUCCUGAUUUAUCCAUAAGAAGGGAGAAAUUUACCCUAAUUAUAGAUUAUAAAGCAGAUAACCUAGAUGUAGAACAAUGAAAUUGCAUUUUGUGCAGGUGAUCUGUGGAAUAGCCAGAUUGUAUCACCCAGAAAACGAGGAUUAAUAUAGCAUCUCACUAUGUAGUUGUCCAAUUGUUAAAUGGCGCGCAGAGCACAAUUGGACAACGAGGCCGGAGUUGUCUAUGAGCGAAUAGUUCCCUAAUAGACAACGAGGCCGAGUUGUCUAAUUGUUUUAGCAUACAAUCCUACUCACAUCACAAACUCCAAGCAGAAUUUCAAACACAACUCGUGAGCCUUGAAAAUAUUUUAAAACUGGCCGUAUAACAGUCGUGAUAUUGAGGAAAAAUACAUGGGAAGUUUUGAUAAUUAUAAGAGCACGGAACAAAAAUUAAAAGUCCACUGUAAACAAUAUGGUUUCCCGAAAUGUUGCACUUGGUUAUGUUAAAAAGAAGUAUAAAAUGCACGCAAAAACAAUCCUAAUGUCGUUGAAAUCGAUGAAAUACAUGAAAAAAUAGCUGUGAAAAACAAUGCUCCAAAAAUGCAUGGAAAAAUUUUAACAUUAAGAUUUUAUCGAAAAACUUGCAAGCUAUAAGGAAAGUUGUUUUUGGAGAUUUGAACCUGCGACCUCAUAGGUGAAAGGCAAGUGCGUUAACCACUUCGCGCUAACCACUUGUUCUUCGGGGAAAGAAUUUCCAACAAAAUUCCCUCGAAACCAUUGCAAAAUGCUGGAUUUGUAAUGCUCCUUCGUUGAGUGUAUACUAAAGUAUAUAAUGAACCAUAUGUUGCCAAGUUUAUAAAAAUAUUUCUAAUUUUCGCCACAUAUGUUAAGAAUAUUUUAAUGGCAUCAUAUUUUGACUGAUGACGAUACUUUUGAUGAAAAGAAAAUCAAUGAACUUCCUCUUCUUUUUCUUUUUAUAGAUUAUUCAUACAGAAUUAAUUGGUAAGUUCUUCAUUCAUCAUGAUGUUUGUACCAAAUUUGAAAAAGAUCGCUUUUGCUAUAUGUGAACGAGUAAAUAAUUAUCACUUAUUUACUGAGACCGAGGGAAACAGUGUGUUUUGUGGACCCGAGACCGUCCAACAUCGACAGUCGAGGGUCCACAAAACACAUUGCUUUUCCGAGGUCUCAGUAAAUAAGUGUUUUAUUAUAUAUCAAUAGUCAAAGAAACAACAAAUUAAAGAAUAAAUGAACGUAAAUACAUGAAAUAUUUUAUUGUUAAAACGUUAUAUUAAACACUGGCUACACUGCAGUUACUUAAAGCGAAAGUUUUAAUUACGUACUAGGCAUGUCCAAAGGUCGCAUCUUCACGUGAUGGCGCACGUGAUUUUUUUUAUUAUUCGCCGGUCGAUAACGUAUUGUUUCCCUCUCGCGCUGUUGCGAGGGAGACAGCAUAAUUUCGUCACUCUCACGUGAUAUGCUCUCAACCAAUAAAACAUUAGAAAAAUGCGACUUUGACUAUUGAUAUAUAAUAAUGCAUUAUAUCCUAUCCUGCAUAAUCGCAAAACAACAAGGUGAAUAUAACAGCAGUGGCGAAGCCAGCCCGACAAUUUGGUGAUGCUAUGCAAAUAUUUCCCUGUUCAUAGACUGUGUAAACAAUCAAUUUGUAAAGAAAUGAAUAAUGAUAAUAAUUUAAAAUUUGCAUUGUAUGACCAAAUUGUCGGGCUGGCUUUGCCAAUGUAUAACAGCUUAAUACAUCAAAUUUGGCCGGUCAACUUGCACAAUUUGUUGUAUUCACUUGUGCAAAAAUACUAAUAAAAUAUGUUACUUUGCGUUUUUAAUAAGGUCUCUAUUGUAGUUUUCAUCCACCACUGUUUAACACUUUUUCUACAUCAUUUAUUAAUUUAUUAUUUGAACAUGUUUUCCACAGAUGCACUUGGUUUCUAUACAUGCAAAACGUGAAACUAUUAUUUCGUCUUGAGCGAAGAAGUGUAUAUGCUGUCAUUUUUUACAGGGAUCUUACUGUUUUAUACAUAAUCUAAAGUAACCAAUCUGAAGCAACAUAAUGUUUUUUCCCUACAUGGCGACCUUCAGUCAAACAAAACUGAUUCAGAAGUCUUACUGUUGCAGAAUAGUUAAGCCCUAUACUAUCGUAUUUUGGACCCGUCUAAAACGUGUGGAUUCCGCUGCAUUACCAUAUAUGAAAGGACGUUUUCCAUGUUUUUAUAAUCUAUUGGAGACGGAAAAGAACAAGGCAGAAUGUGUAAAAGGAUUCAGAUCAUAUUUUUCUAUUAUACUUGCUACAUGUUACUCCAUCUUGCUAAUUACCAUAGUUUUAUUUUCAUUUUCAUAGAGUUAAAUAGUGAAUUACAGCAUCGCAAUGGUGUCCCGCUGAAGUUAUUUCCCACACUUGAAGAGGUAAGACGAAUUCGCCACAUAUUACGAUCAGUUUGCCCAUGAGGAUCAGAUCUGCAGUGAUAGAACUAUGGGUGAUUGGGUGAUCUUUAAUUUUAAUGUUUACAAACUCUAAUUUCGCGGUCUUACACCUACUCGUGUUUAUUUUAAAAUUGACUGUUCAGUGCCAGUACAAUUUCGAGAAAGUAUAAGGUUUGUGAAAUGUUGUGCUGUUUUCACUCGGAAUUAAUAUUUUAGGUACUAAAUGCCCUGCCUGAAAAUUUUCCUUUCGAACUUGAAGUAAAGUACCUGGAAACAGAGAAGGUAUGUUGGAAAAUAGUUUUCAAUUAAACGCCUCAGGCAUGCAGGCUGUGUCACUGCCUUCGAUAUGAUUUAGUCAUAUUCCCUCCGGUGGCAAAACCUAAUUCAUGCCCAGAGAUAAUGUUACACAUAAUUCUUAAGUGUAAGGAUAAGCUCUACUGAACUGAUUUUGUAUUGAACCUUCUUCAAAAUAAAGUUUAUUAUUAAUAUUUUUUCUGUGUUGGUGUAAUGUACUCAGGUGAGUAUGAUGCUUGUGAUGUUACUCUGAGUGUAUAUCCACACCGGGCAAGCUUGAAAAGUAUGCCUGACCACGGUGGGAAUCGAACCUACGACCUUUGUUCGAUUCCCACCGUGGUCAGGCAUAUCUUUCAAGCUUGCCCGGUGUGGAUGUACACUCAAAGUAACAUCACAAGCAUCAAAGUUUAUUACUUUAUUAUUAUUCUUUUUAUUCUUCUUAUAUUUAUUUUUAUCGUGCAUCCAAUAUCAUCAUCUUUGUUACUGUUAUAUCAUUAUUGCCACUAUUUUUCCGUCGGGCCUAGCCCGAAGAACGUUAAAGUGCUAAUUGUCUGUUUUUACGAUGUCACAAAAUGAACAUUCCACAGUAACCUAAAUCGCAACGUAAGCUUGUGCUUCCUUGUACACAUUGUGGAUAUUAUGGGUGAUUUUGCAAGUAUGCUAUAUAGUUCAGUGUGGAAGCAGUUUGAAAAUGGCGGUUGCGUGAUGAAUGGGCAUAUAAUAUUUCUGGCAAUUUUCAUGUUGUGUUGUACUCUGGACUUCCUCUUAUCAAUUAACGUAUUUUUGUUGGUGCAACAACAACGAAAGAACGAAUCAGGUUGAAUUAGGACUAUUAGGUCACCAAGACAGUUGAAUGCUUUAAAUUGGUAAGAUUUUAACAUACUAUUCUGUUUCCUCUAUAUUACCAAUAUUUUUACGCCUAUAUAGGCUACAUACACGAGGCGUAGCCCAGUGUUUUACACGCUUCUUGAGUGUUCUUCCAACAUUCCCCGAGUGCAUUAUCACGCCGUAAACGCACGAGACGAGUUUUUCUAUAUAUUUUAUAAUACAAGUAGACGAUAUUACAUAGUAAACAAUUUUACUCAAACGAUCAACUUUGAAACUCUCGUAACAUGUACUCGGUGACGUCACGAAAAAGCUGCUUACUGCUUGGAGACCACAAAAUUACAUCGUUCAUGCGGUGCAUGUUUUCGAAUUCCGACACAGUUAUUCGAUUCUACUCGGAUUGUUUUCGUAAAAUCCCUGUGUAUGCCAUUUUGCAAUAGCUACGUCAUUUUACGUCAUAAAGUGACUACAUUACUGUGGGUCGACAUUAGUGUGCCGCCUCGCUUCGCUCGGCAACAAUAACUCCUAUGAAGACAACAAUGGUUUUUAAUAUGGCGGAGAAUUUCUGUUGCAAUCGGUUAUAUAGAAACAAGAUUUUGACUGGUUCAUGUCAAACCACUGUUGAUAUAUGAAUAAUUUCACAAUUUCUACAUUUUAGGAUCAGGAAGAUGGUAAAUUUCUCGACGUCAAUGUUUAUGUUGAUACUUUGCUGAAAUCUCUCAUAGAAAAUAUCGGAAACAGGAAAAUAAUUUUGAUGAGUUUUUCACCAGUUAUCGUUCAAUUGUAAGUGGUGUCUUGGGUUUAAAUAUAUGGCAUGUAUUACACAAAGGGAACACCCUAGAAAAUGCCAUGAAUUUUCUGUCUGGGCAGAAAAAGGGUGGAAAACAGCAAAUUUAUGGGAGGGAUUGUUUCGGCUUCAUUUUAAAUAAUUUUUUUACAUGAAAUGAAAUUUUGAUGCUAAGGGACCGGUCAUUAUUUAUGGAAGUGGGGGAGGGAAAAAAUAAGGAAGGCCAUAUGUAUAAAUAAAUGACUAGAAGGGGGGGGGCUAUUAAACUUUUUCAAGAAAAUGACGGGGGGGGAGGUGCAAUUAAAUUUGAAGGAAUUUGCUUAAUAACCUGGUCUGGUAUCCAUUUGGUUGUAAAUGUUGCAACUAAAUCCUGGUCUCGGAUGUGAAAUAGUCUGGAUUUAUCUUGUCUUCUGUGUGCUGUAUGCAAAUAAGUAUUUACGGAUUGCAGAGAUAAAUUGACAAUGUAUUAUUACAUCAGCUAUCUUGAUGUGGUUAAAUACAUUUAAGCAAGGUUAACGGCAGAUGUAUUAUGCAGGCUACAUCCGCUGAGGGGAGUCUGUGACGUCAUAUCGAUCAAAGGGGGUUGUUUCGCGCCUUGUGAUCAGUGCUUCGGUCUGGGUAUUCAUUCUGCCAUUGUAUGCUUUGCCUAGCUGCAGCAAGUUUAGCGCUUCGAUACCUUUUCCCCACCCACCCACCCAUGUUCAUUCUAAAGGAUUUUAUCUGGUAGUACAUAUUUCAUUUUAUUUUAUAUAAUUUUUAAUCUCACAUAAAAUAGGAUGUAUAGACCACUAUACAUUGCAUUUCGUAGGUAUGCCUUGGCAGAAUUGUCAUGGCUAUCUCCUUUUGCUGCUAAUAUUAUUGAUUGUUGCUAUCAUUGUUGUUGCGCAGCUGCUAUGGCAAUACCAAAUGCCAUCAAGUCUAGUGGCAGCCUUGGACCACAAACGGCACCUGCCUCCAAACACUAAUACUCUGCCGCUUGAACAAAGAAGCUUGAACAUAAAGUGAUUUUUGAUUUCACGAUGUGAUAUAGUUAAUGAGUAUGAGACUGAUUUUAUAUUGAGUUUUCAAUUUGGGAAAAUGUUUGGAUAAUUUUUAACAAAAUAUCUGAGAGUGCUGUUGGUUAAAAAUUUCAAAUCAGCUUUCAAAAUUAUUUGUACCACGGACGUCAUUCGAAUAUUUUAAAUGGCUUUUAUUUUGAAAACCAUGCAACAUUCCCUAGACGAGAAAAUCAAUUAAAAGGUAAUGUUUUAUGCACAGUGACAUGAUGUUUUAUAUGAUAAACGCGUAGAGGUAAAGGUAAAGUAAUACGAGCAACAAAAUCUGAUUCCGACGAGCAGCAAUCUGAUUCCAACGCAUGUUAAUUGGAAAUUUGUAUUAAUGUUGUCUCGGGUGUUGCAACUUGUGUGUGAACAUUUCAAUUAACAUGUGUUGAAAUAAGAUUGUAUUGCAAGUUGCUACAAUUUUGUUGCCCGUAUUACUUUACCUUAAAUUUCCGGAGCAAGGGUUCUCUUUGACGAAUGCGUUUCAUUCAGGGAUGUCCUGUGGGAAAGCUAGUUUGUGACACCAAAAAUAAUAAAAUAUAUACAAAGAACGGCGAAAAAACAGAUAACGCCCAUUUAAAAAUCAGUAAUUAAAGUAUUUUGGAACUGUUUUAGUUUUAGGAAGCGUUUCAAAACGGUUUACUUAUGACGUUAGCUUUGUUUUGAUGUAGAUUGAAUCGGAAACAAAAGAAAUUACCUGUUAAGAUUGGCGUUUGUGGGGAAACGAGAAAAUAUCCAGUGUAUAAGGAUAUUAGGAUAAGGACUCUCGGCAGGGUUGUUGGUUUUGCCGAGUCAGAAAAGAUUCUGGGAUUAUCUUGCUUCUGUGAUCACAUUAUUCAGAACCCGGGAGUUUUGUAUGAAAUAAAGAAAAGAAAUUUGGUUUUAUCUACAUGGGGUGAGGAUGAUAAUAAGAAAGAAAUACGUAAAAAACAACGCGAGAUGGGUGUAGACGUUUUGUGUUUUGACAGGUUGGUUAUAUUAACAUCAUACUUUUUUAUUGAACAACACUUUUUUAGCCCACAACAUACUUAAUUCUGAGAGUGGGGAAAAUUCAAGUGAGUCAGUCCGUCGUAUGUUCGUAGUGAUUUAUUGUACUUAGUGGUGUGAAGGUUAUUUAGGCAAUUUCAGUUGUCCUAGUUUCCACUCCGGAAAAGUAGCAGCGGAUCGGAGGUUUUUGUUCAAUGAUCGGAUCGGGAAAAAUGUAGCUCGUUUCAGUCUCACAUCCUCCAUUUUGUAAAUUUUAUUACAGGUAUUAUUUAGUUAUUUUAAUUCAUGUGAGGAUGAUAAUACGGCAUUGAUUGGUCGCCAGGUUUAAUCUGCAGGACUGAACCAAAAAAUUAUCCGGCCAAAAAUUUCUACUGAAUGAAACAACGAACCGUAAAGGCCAGUCCACCUUCCUCCUGUCCCAUACCUAAUUUUAGGAAUUUUUUAUCACUGCACAUUUUUGUGCAAAGUUCAGCCGAGCAGAAACACGCCCUGAAAAUUCCUGAACACACCCUAAUAACAGGGUUCGUAGCGGUCUUUGAAAUCCUUGAAAAUCUUUAAAUUGGAAUGCAGGUCUUUGAGGUCUUUGAAAAGUCAUUAAAUUGUGUGAAAAAGCGAAGAAAGUCUUUAAAAGUCUUUAAAUUCUUUAGUGAGGAAUUGAUUAUACGAUUUCCUAGCUAAUAAAAUUGAUUGAUUGAAUCAAGAUUUUCGCAAAUAUCCACGAAAAUGCGCAUUUUAGGAUGUGAUUUGAUGGGACUAUAAUUACUGGGUACAAAUGGUGCUUACACUCGCAAUUUUUCGACAGCUUAUUGCUUUCAAAGGUCUUUGAAAAGUCUUUGAAAAUAGGCAGAAAAAAUAUUUGAAAGUCUUUGAAUUUUUUUGGUCUUGGAGACUACGAACCCUGUAUAAUAAUGUGUGAUAACAAAGCAAGCUACAAUUCAUAUUCAAAAAUGACAAAACGAACAUACACUGCACAGCAAUCAGGGGAAUUUGGGGGCCCAGGACAAACUUUGACUUGGGGGCUCUCACAAUUCCAUGUUCUAACACUACGAUUAGGGGGUCCCCCGGAAAAUUUUUUAAAUCAGAGGUCCCAGAAAUGGUCAAAUCCUGCAUUCUGAAAGUCUAGUUGACAGUUAUAUCUAUGCGGUAUAUUUCACUGCAAUUCUUUAUUUAGGCCCCCUUUAACUCGGGUCCCAGGACAAAUUGCACCCCUCUGGGCGUCCUUGACAGCACCUGCAGUUACGACUAUCUAUGACAGCCUAGUUUCAUAAUAACACGACUGAAGAAAAUAAAUAUUUUCCUCUUGGCAAAUGAAAGGCGGCUUACGGGCUUUGGCAUGACAAAUCUCUAGAGGAGUUCCAGGGACAUGCACCUACAGACAAUUUUGUAAUCUAGCACUAUAAAAGGGCAUCUCCUGCAAUGCGCGGGGACAUUCUACAGAAUUCUGAAAAUUAUACAGUAAUUACAAAAUCUUAAGUAUCAUUCACUCCAUCUUCCAAACCCAUAAAGAGAUCUUUGGUGAGAGACUUUGUUCAUCUGAUGAACCAUAAGUAUGUUAUUAGUGCGGACGUUCGAUAAUUUGACAGUCAUCAUUUCAAUUUCAAUUAAAUCAUUCUCAUUCAAAAUGUUUCGCCGGACUAGUUCAGUUUUUCUGCUCAUUGACAUUGUCUCAUUUUCUUGUGUUAAUUAACAACUUAUCAAAGCAAAUUUUAUCACUGCACAUUUUACAAUUUAUCACUGCACAUUUUACUUUUAUCACUGCACAAAUUGGUUAUCACUGCACACUAAAAUUAGGUAUGUCCUGUCCACCUUCCUCCUGUCCUUGUCGCCCGUCGACAAGUCGUCUUGUCCAUGUAGAUCGAGGGCGCGUACGUCGCUAUGUGCGAGCAACUGAAUCCUGGCAGGGCGAAUUGCUUACUCCAUUCGCUUCCCUUUCAACGUUUUCACGUACGUAUUAACCCUCUUUUCAAACUCCUUUUCAUCUUUCCCUCACCGUACUUGUUCGCUAUCGGUCUCAUGCUUGUAUUUAGCUUUAGAUGGAGUUUACCACCCGUUUUGGGCUGCAUUCCCAAACAAUCCGACCCUUAGAAAGCACAUCGCGAGGGCUCGGGCAUUGCCACGUACUCUAUGACAUGCUGUUCCAACCAACUUAGCCAAACUCGAUGCGCCGGGAAAUUACUUCUCGAAACUACAAUUCGCCGUUGCAACACAACGGAGAUUUUCAAGUUGAGCUGUUCCCUCUUCAUUCGCCAUUACUGGGGGAAUCUUUGUUAGUUUCUUUUCCUCCACUCAGUAAUAUGCUUUAAACCCCGUUUACACGAGCAAAUUUUAUUUGACAAAUUUCAUAUGUCAAAGAUAUUUUGCUCGUGUAGAUGAUUCUUUGUGACAAAUUUAUUGUGACAAAUGCAUUUUAACAAAAGCUUAGCAUAUAUACUAGCUUUUGAUCAAAUGCAUUUGUCGUAUUAAAUUUGUCACUCGCCUGCGGCUCGAGUAUUUUUACGCUUUCCGAAAGUAUCGCGACAUCCCUCGUGCAUGGAUCACGCAGUCCUGCACAGAAAACCAUUUGAUAACUGUUUUAUUACUAACUCCUACUCAAGCUUAUGAAACCAACAUUCCACAUAUAAUAGCUUCAAAAUAUUCCGUCGCUUUAACCGCCACAACAUCCUCCGACCAAGACUCUCUGGUAAUGCAACAUCCUCCGACCCAGCCGUAUCAAGUCUCGAGAGUCAGUAAGGAGGAUGCUUGGUUGUUUCAAGUUGAAAAGGAGUAUAGUCGUUUAAUUCAUACUUAACAAGGUCUUUACGGCGGGGUACACAUUCCCUCGCGUAGGUAACAAGUUGGGAGGAUGUUCAAAUAAGAUGCAACAAAUCUUUAGAACUAAUCUCAGCAGAUCAUAGCAACAUGGAUAUUCUACUAUUAUAUUACUUACGAUACCUCGUUCUUUAUUUAUGUCGUCCGCAAAGGAUUUAAGCUCUGGAAAAUUUAGAUUUUGAUCGCUGUAGUGCUUAGGUGCAUAGUCUGCUCCAUGGGCACCUUAGUGACACAAAAAAGGAGGCACGACGGGUCGCAUCACUAUUCUCGUUCGCGUAGUGGUCCAGAGAAAGGAAUCUUUGCGUUCUAGCUCGAAUUCUGAUUUAGAGGCGUUCAAUCGUAAUCCAACAGAUGGUAGGCUGAAUUCUGUAAUUCACACUACGGUCACUACGUAUUAUUGCAGCUGGCUGCGUUCGUCAUCAAUGCACGAGACAAGAGAUCCAUUGUUAAUAGUUAUCCAUUAUAGCAAUAUUUUUGAAACAACAAAUUUAAACGACAAUAGUUUACAAAAAAAGAAACUCGAGAGGAGCCGUUUGAUCGUACAAAUAAUAACUAUAAUCUUUUUGCAACGUCUUUCAUCGUGCUCUUUUUCCACACAGCAGAAACGACCCGUGUUGGAAAGGCCGAUUGUAUCGAGUAGCAUUAAAAGGACGCCACAAUACAUUCCUCACAUCUUGCUUAGAACCUUGCCCAAGGGAUAUGAUACACAACAUUCCAUGAAACCGAGAUUUUUAAAAAAAAAACUAACAAAGCCCCCUUAAAACCUAUUUGCCCAAUGGUGGCAAAGGAAGCAUCAAACUUCUCGUUCGUGAAAAGAAACUGAGCCAAUCAUUCCCCCCCAUCACGUCGAGCUAAAAGCGUUGCUAACUCUUACUCAAGUUUAUAAAGCGACGUUUCACAUACAUAGCUUCAAACUACCCCAUCGCUUUAACCGGCGCAACAUCCUGCGACCUAGACUCUCUGCUAAUGCAACAUCCUCCGACCUAGCCUCUCUGGUAAUGCAACAUCCUCCGACCCAUGAGUAGUAUCAAGUCUCGAGUGAGUGCGGAGGAUGUUUGGUUGUUUGAGUUGAAAAAGAGUACAGUCGUACGAUUCAUAAUUAGCAAGGUCUUUACGGCGCGGUACACGUGUAUGCCCUCGUAUAAGUAAGGAGCUAGGAUGUACAAAUCACUCUGUAAAAAAGGAAGGUGCAAGAAAUCUUAGAACAAGGGUUUAAUUUGAGCAGAUGGUAGCAACAAGGCUACUCUACUGCUUACAAUACCCCGCUCUGUAUUUAAGUCGUCUGCAAAGGAAUUAGCUCUGGAACAUUUAGAUUCGCUAUAGUGCUUAGGUGCAUGCUCUGCGCCAUGGGCACGUUGUAAAACAGGAGGCACGCGCCACUAUUCUUGUUCUCCGUAAGUCGUCUACAGAAAGGAAUCGUUGCGUUCUAGGACGAAUUCUGAUUUAGAGGCGUUCAAUCAUAAUCAACAGAUG